CUUCCUGGUUGACUUUCCACGCGCCUGUGUGCUUUCCAGAGUUUGGCACGCAACGCAGCUCAGGAGUAAUUUAUCUCAUGGCCAAGGACAAAUCGUUGAAAUCAAAACCUCAUAAGAGGAAGGAUCUGGGUCCAUCUGAUGACAGUACAGAAAUAAUGGACACUGAAGUAAAUACGAAGAGGAAAAAGAUGGAUGCAGAUGAGGCUCCUGCUCACAUGUCUCAGCUAACAAACACAACAGAUGAUAAAAAACGGAAAAAGAACAAGAAGAGCAAAAAGGAACAAGUGAACCAAACCGUAGAGCAAGCAGAGGUUCUUGAUCCACCCAGCUGUCCUGAGGGGACAGCUGAGGCAGAGGGGCUCGAGGACUUGAGUCCCGAGGAGAAGAGGGUCCUGGAGAGGAAGCUGAAGAAGAUUCGGAAAAAGGAGGAGAAGAAAAGGCUCAAAGCGGAGGGAGUGACUUUGGAGCAAACAAAACCAUCUGGACCCAGUGCACAACAGCAGGCCUUAGACUACCUCACGUGCUGGGCUGAAAACCGUUUACAGUGGAAGUUCCAGAAGACGAGGCAGACGUGGUUACUGCAGCACCUCUUUGAUUCUGAAAAGAUUCCAGACGACACGUUUUCGGUGCUGCUUCAGUACCUGGAAGGGCUUCGUGGAAGUGGGAAGGACACAACUGUGCAGAAGGCCUUAUCCCUGGUGGAGGAAUCUGGAAAAGCACCAGAAGAUACAGUCGUCCAGCAGAGGGCACACAGAGCCAGAGAAGUUAUCCAGCUAUUAUCCUGAGCCACAAAUAUUACAGAGAAACUCGCAAAAAGACUUUGUUCACAGGACUGAAGGAUCGGCCUGAUCUAAGGCUUGGGCUAAAGAGGUUUUAAAUGUAACGGUCCCUGUUUGUGUUGCCAGUAUUAUUCACCUGUUUUAAUAAUUAAAAGUGUUACUUUAUCA